UUGUAUGUGCAACAUUGACGGAGUAUUUUGAGUCUCUUUCACACUGGUAAGAAAAAAAAACGCGGUGGUAUCGCCGGUGAUACCUCAGACCUCAGAGUGUUAAACGACCGUCGCACGCAACUCGAAAAAAGAAAUUGCUAUAUCCAUGGUCAGUAGAUGAGGGGCGGACGUUCCUCUUGGUGGUAGCGUUUACGAUGAUGUCAUGGUAGUAGAGGCUGUGCAACUAUAAUGAUCUGUCUAUAAUCCUACCCACUUUAAAGCGGUACUAACUGCAGUGGAAAAGCAACCCGAGCCAAGGCCAUACCACGCAGAGAAAAAGCACCUUUAGAUCCUUACCUCUCUUCAGAGCCUUUCCAAAGCCACAAUAUACCUUUAAAAUUCAUGAACUCACACAGCAGAUUCUGCAAUUCAUCAUGAGAGAUGGUGUUACAUUUAGGGAUGUGUGAACAGGGUGAGCAGAUGUAUGAAAAUACAUAUGUUGACAGGCAGGUAGGACAUCCUAUCAUUGCAUUCGGACCGAAUGCAUUGAUUAGAUGAACAUUUAUUUUGGUCCAACAGAACAUUGAUGUACAUGUUUUAAUAUUUAGACCACUUUUAUAACUGAUUGCUAUCAGGAUGUGAAGAGAGUUUCAACCAGAAAAACAAAAAGUGUUUAAAAAAAAAAAUUGCCUACCUUAACUCUCACUGACUCCCUUACCAGUGCACUGAACUACGAGCUGAUUAAGACAGACCCAGAGAUUUAGUUUGGGUUUAUUUUUUCUUUCUGUUAAUUAUUCUCAUCUUAAACAGGACAAACACACAGAAAAACUCCUGGUGAAGUGACUGAGAUCUACGUGACAAACAAGAUGGCGUUUAUUAAACAGGAGAGUGAAGAAAUGAAGAUUGAAGAAGUAUUCAGUUUGAAACAAGAAGAUAUUGAGAAACAAACAGAGCGAUAUCUAUCUUCCGGUUUGAAAAGCAAAGUCGGAGCAACGUCACAAAAUCUGACGUCAUCGUGUACUACCGGCAGGAUCUGGAGUGCUGGUUGGCUCCAAACCUGAUGGUGCUGAAAGAGGAGGGUCAAGAGCUAAAUGAAAUGGAAGAGAAAGAUCAUGAUGAAAAACAUGAUUUCAUGACUGGAAAAAAGUCUGCACAGUUUGAAAAGAUCUCUCAAAAAAGAGCUAAAAAGACAGGAAAUAAAAAGAUAUUCACCUGUCAACAAUGUGGAAGGAGUUUUGAUUCGAGUGGAAACCUUAAAGUCCACAUGAGACUUCACACUGGAGAGAAGCCUCACACCUGCAACCAGUGUGGAAAGAGUUUCCAUCAAAAAGGAACCCUUAAUGUUCACAUGAGGAUUCACACUGGAGAGAAGCCUUACACCUGUCAACAAUGUGGAAAAAGUUUUGCUCAAAAAGGAAAAAUUAAAAUCCACAUGAGAAUUCACACUGGAGAGAGCUCUCUUACCUGCCAACAGUGUGGAAAGUAUUUCAGUGAAAAGGAAAACCUUCGAACCCACAUGAGAAUUCACGCAGACUCUCUCACCUGCAAACAGUGUGGAAAGACUUUCGCUCGAACAGGAAACCUUAAAACCCACAUGAGAAUUCACAAUGCACAUAACUCUUUCACCUGCCAACAGUGUGGAAAGGGUUUCACUCAAAAAGGAAACCUUAAAGCCCACAUGAGAAUUCACACUGGAGAAAAGCCUUUCACCUGCCAACAAUGUGGAAAGAGUUUCAGUGAUAAGGGAAAUCUUAACAAGCACAUGAGGAUUCACACUGGAGAGAAACCUUUUACUUGCAAACUCUUCGGGAAGAGCUUCUCACAGGAGCUUAUCCUUAGGUAUCACAUGAACGCUCACACUGGAAAAAAGCCGUUCUUAUGUAAUCAGUGUGGAAAGAGUUUCAUAAAUAAAGUGGAGCUUGAGACCCACAUGAGAGUUCACACUGGAGAGAAGCCGUUCAUAUGUGGUCAGUGUACAAAAAGUUUCAGAGGUCAAAUGAACCUUAAUAGGCACGUGAUGAGGAUGCACACAAGAGAGAACUGUUUUAAAUGUCAUCAGUGCGGAAAAAGAAUCAGAGGCAUUAAUCGUUUUAAUGAUCAUUUAAAAACUCACUCUGGAAAGAAGUCUUUCAUGUGCCAACACUGUGGAAAGUAUUUCAUAAAUGAAGGAAAGCUUAAAACUCACUUGAGAUUUCGCAAUGGAAAAAGGCCUUUGGGAUGUGUUAAGCGUGCGAAAAGUUUCGCACGUAAGAGAGACAUGAAACGACAUUUGCAAAUUCCCUCUGGAGGAAAGAAAUUGAAAUGUGAUCAGUGUAAGAAAAAAUUUCCUUCGCCAUUACACUUAAAGAUACACCUGAGAAGUCACACAGAUUUCAGACCGUAUUCAUGUUCAUCAUGUGGAAAGAGUUUCAAAUGGCUCUACAAUUUAAAAUGGCACCAGAAAAUACGUAUUUGUGUGAAAUACCGGCUGCGUUCACGCCGCAGAUGAACAUGGGACUCGGGAUCGAUUUUCUGCUCAAAGUUCGGUUGUUGUUUUGUUUUGUUUUCACCGUUACUACACUUGUUACUACUUGUUUACGGAAAUAAAGACAAACUGAAUGAAAAAAUUAACA